CCAAAAGUGGUUUGUUUACGACGGUCAUUCAUCAUCGGAUUCCGGAAGAAAAACAAAACACAGUUUCGUCUUGUCAAAAACAUGGACGAUUCUGGCGAGUUGACUGAAAAUUGCCUUUAUCAGCUGAGAAGAAUUGGAGCAGCGGCAACAUGCAAAGGAAUCGAAGAUGUAUUUCUAUUAAAUAAACAGAAGCUUACGAUUGGUCGUCACAUCGCGAUGGUAGACGUCUACCUGAACUCAUCUAUCCACAAGCAACUCAUCUCAAGACAACAUGCUGUCGUGACGAGCGAAUAUCACAACAAUAGACAGAUGGUUUAUGUACAAGACAUGAGUACAAAUGGAACCUUCAUAAAUGACGUCAAGAUUGCAGGUAGAGUCAGAAUCAACGAAGGUGAUACGUUGACGUUUGGGCACACGUCUGGGGUCAAGCUCAUGCCUGGCAUGCUCAGCCGACAGAUACAUUCAGAAUUCAGAUUCGUGUUUGAAAAGGUCCUCUCAGAGAAUGCCAUACAAACCGAUGAACUCAAAGUGCCGUCAGUUUUCGUCUCACGCCAUCCAUUAACGACAACUUAUUCACUCCCAAGAGACCAACACUCCUCUCCUCCUGGUCUCGAUACAGCGGUACUUAGUGACAUUGCAGUUGUGCCGAAAUCCAAUUCUGAAAAUAGAAUUCACAUCUUCUCUACUCCGAGUCGUAUCCCAUCCCUUCAGCCAAACAGCAAUUUAGAGUCUUCAGCUUUGUCGACUCCCACUAACUUUGGAACGCCGCAAAGCCCGACUCCUCGUGAUCAUCAAACUCCUUCGACGAAAAGUAAACAAUCAACGAACUUUCAUUUGCAAUCAACAUCAAGCCUUCAUGUAUCACCAGAAAUGCCUCGUAUUCAAAGUAUGAACCCUUCAUUAAACUCUCUACCGGGAACUCAUUCCUCAAAACAUUUCACGACAACUCCUGCAGCCUCCUCAUUAAGAGGAGACAGAGCUCCUGGAGAAGCUACUGGAAAUUACAUCAGCAAAGAAGUCCGAAGUCCAGAGAGGAAAGACAAACAUGGUUUGAGAAGCAGCGAAGAAGACAAACGUACUGCAAGUAAUUUAGAUGAUGAGCUGUUUCGACUGACGUCAGUCGUCAGGGCCAAGGCAGAGCACUUUGAUUCGUCGGCCUCGGAGCAAGAAUUGGAUCCUUUGCCUCAAAGAUUCCAAUUUGGAAACACAAACUUUUUAGCGCCUAAGACAUCCAAGAAUUCAUCUCAGACACGCUGGACAAGUAGCACUCCAUGUCAAGGUGCUCAUUUCUCCGCCUCAUCAGACUUGCAUCCCUCUAGAUCAUCAUCUUCUGUUGUAUCCUCUCAAACACCGUUGAGGAGUACGCUCUCGUCUUUGGAUCAAGAGAAAGUUACUCGUACUAGUAGCCUUGCAGACUCAAUAUCUACUGAACCGCGGUCAACUUCUCCAAUUCAGACAUCCAAGAAGAAGAAAAGCAUCAAUGAUUCAGAGGAGAUACAAAGCAAGAAAAGAGGACCAUCCUCAAUAGAAACGGCCAAGAAGAAAGGCUCUAAGAAACAUCAUCAUAGGAGAUCAAAGACGAAGAUUCCACCCCCUGUAAAGCUUUCCCUCGGACCCCCUGCAAAGCUACCCAUCGGAGCACAAAAUGAAGCCCAGAUGCCGGAUGUGGAGUUUGAAGUGUGUGACUCGUAUGAUUGCUGCAGGCCAACAGACAACACGCUUGCAUGGGUACAAUGUGACAGCUGCGAUAGCUGGUAUCAUGUCACGUGUGUGGGCUGCGAUUAUGAUUCAGUCAGGAAAGAUUCAGCUUCGUUUCACUGUGGAUGUUCAAAGUAACGCGACUGCAAAAGUAACUCUGUCGGCAGAGUCCUGGGGCCAACUUCACAAAGAUAGUCCUAACUUAGGACUAGUAAUAACUUCGGACUUUUCCUAUCCCUUUACUCAAACUUCAGGCUAGUCCUAGCUCCCAAGUUAUAGGACGAGUUAUACUCGUCCCAACUUGAGAUAAGACUAGUCUUAACUCUUUGUGAAUUCCACCACUGACCUCGAGCAAGAAAAUUUAUGGCCAAAACCUGUAAGUCAUGAAGUUAUCAUGGAAAUAGAUUUUUAAAAGUUUCUUUUUUUUACGUAUUAAUUUUGUGUCUUGUUGUAAGCUAUGUGGAUAUUGUGUUACGUUGUGGGGAGUUUUCCCAGUUUUUUUUUACAUUUUUGUAAUUUUUGUUACACUUUUUAUUUUAAUAGGUUUUCAGGCUGUUCAAAUGGAGGACUAUAAAUAAAUGUUCAAUGCAAAACAAACAAAUCUGCAGACUGUAUACUUUGUAUCAAUGAACAAGUUUGCAGUUAGUCAGUGCAGCCUUCGCAUGGGAUGGAAUACCUUUUGUGCCUAAAUUUGACAUAAGGAAACCAUUCUACUAUUUUCAACCUGUGACCUCUCGAUACCGUACCACUGCUUUACCAUCUGAGAUCAUGUUUUAAUAAACCAAUCGUAAAUGAUGUCACAAGCCCAAAAUAGUCCCCUCACUGAGGUAUUAAUGCAGAGCUAUUUGGCCGAGAGUCAUGCACAGUGAGUACGAACAUGCCAUCAACAAUUACUCGACUCCUGUAUUUAAAUAUUAUUAGAAUUUCAGUUUAAUAGCUAUCAUACAAGAUCAAUUGAAUGGGUCGACGAGUCCUUUACAAUAUCAUACAUCUAGAAACAUUGUCUAAAUAAAAGUUGUUAUAUUCUAUACAAUAUAAUUGUUUACAUUAUGUACACGUGAGGUAAACUAGUCAACUGAUUUCAAAUUCAACAAAAACAUUUGCACAACAAAACGAACAAAAAUUCACGGCAACAUCUUUUCUAAGAACGCCUAAACACAAAAUGUGUAAAACAGGAAUGUGGUCUUGUACAAAGAAAAAGAUAACAUGUUGAACAAUCUCUUUAGAUAACGGUGUUGAAGUUCAUUUUGGAACUAGCUUGAUGUUUUGUUCAUGUAUAAAUCACGUGCUGGGUGGGUUUCGAUGACCCUUACAAAUUAAUGACCGCAACAAUUUCGAUGAGCUACGCAAAAACAAUUGAGGUCAGUUUGAAGAUCAAAAUGGUCGGUCGGCAAUGUUCAGUUGCUAAAACUGACAUUUACGUUCUACAUGAACAACCAAAAAUGGACAGGCUUGGAAUUUCCUUUAGACAUGCUACCUUCUAUGAGAAACUUUUGAAGGGGUAACAAGGCAAAAAACGAGCAAUACCAGGCCUCCUUGAUUGUUGUACAAAACCUCACUGAAUGCAAGAUGCAAAAGUUGGCAGCUCUUUGUUAAGUCCAGAACGAGUGUGGUAAAUUUGAAAUCGGUAUCCAAUGAACAAAAAACAAUCACUUCAACAAUAAACUGUUGGUGUCACAGAUUGA